UCUGUUUUUACAGGGCGAGGAAGAGACCGAGAUGGUUUGAUAAUAUGCCGUAGAGAAUAUUUUUCCUCGUUUUUCUUCGCCUCCCUUUCCUGUAUGCUCAUCGAGUGAAGACGAACUCGAAAAGAAACUACAAUUGCGCUGACAACUCAAUAACAACACUUCCAAUCCAAACGACAAUGGCGGACAGCGUUGGGGAAGAAUCCAACGGUGCCAUUGGGUCCAUCGUCGGGACAAGUCAGGGAAAUGGAGGUCAGUUGUUAUCGACUUUAGGGAAUUCUUUGCCGGGGCACUCGACAAGCGGUGCUAACCCGGCCUCACCGUCUCCCGCAGCGGCCGCAGAGACCGGCCUAGCCGUAAUGGUUCCUAGCAUUGCUGACACUAUCACUUCAACCGUAGAAAGCGGGUUUGGAGUUCUUGGCACAGCGGUGAACUCCUCCAUUUCGGCACCUGCGACCGGGGCUCCCUCUUUGCCGCCCAGCAUCAGUUUGGGGGUUACCACUGGAGCUCCGAACCUGGCCGGAGCGGGCCUUCUGUCCCAGAUACAUGCCACAUCUUGGGACCCCACAUUAAGUACUGACUGGGACAACGAAAAGCCGUCACAGCAAUGUAUUCUCCGAAUAAAAAGGGACAUAAUGUCUAUCUAUAAGGAGCCGCCUCCCGGUAUGUUUGUGGUUCCCGACCCUCAUGAUAUGACUAAGAUCCACGCCCUCAUCACAGGGCCCUUCGACACGCCUUACGAGGGCGGCUUCUUCUUAUUCCUGUUCCGCUGCCCUCCGGACUAUCCCAUCCACCCACCGCGCGUCAAGCUCAUCACCACCGGACACAACACGGUUCGCUUCAACCCCAACUUCUACCGCAACGGCAAAGUGUGCCUUAGCAUUCUUGGCACCUGGACCGGACCAGCAUGGAGCCCAGCUCAAAGCAUCUCCUCUGUCCUGAUUUCCAUCCAGUCCCUAAUGACGGAAAACCCCUAUCACAACGAACCAGGCUUUGAGCAAGAGAGACACCCGGGGGACAGCAAAAACUACAACGAGUGCAUUCGUCAUGAAACCAUGCGGGUGGCCGUGUGUGACAUGUUGGAGGGCAAGGUCCCCUGUCCGGAGGCACUGUGGAGCGUUAUGGAAAAAUCAUUUUUGGAAUACUAUGACUUCUAUGAAGGAGUCUGCAAAGAACGACUUCAUCUUCAAGGACAAAACAUGCAGGAUCCGUUCGGGGAAAAGAGGGGCCGAUUCGACUACCAGGGCCUGCUGGCGCGUCUCGGCGCCACCCAGAGGCGAUUGCGGGAAAAAUGCCCACCCGAGGACAACGACGGCGACUCGGACUCUGACACCAGCUCCUCUGGAACGGACCCGGACAGCCAGGGCAGUUCCCAGCCUUAGCCGACUGUCACCGGGGCCAGGGC